UGCGCGGGGCGUUUGCGCCAUGUUAGCGCCGCUGCAGCGCAGCUGCUAAAAUACAGCUAUGUGUAGAUACGCUGGCUAGAGGGGUAUGGGUGAAAAAGAUUCAGAUUAGCAUAAUGUGGCCAGGACUGACGGCGUGAUCAUGUCGGCGUGAAUUUCUGAAAAAGAGAGACUAGACGCAGGAGGGAUUAUUUCUGUCUUUUCGCGGUGGAGCGCGCGCGUGCGCGAGCGCGUGCGUGCGUGCGCGCGUGUGAGUGAGUGAAGCCUGCUGGCCCUCUUUUAGGAGAGCAAAUGAGGCUUUUUCGGCUUUGCAGCGGAUGAACGGCGCUUCGUCCUUCUCUCUGCCUCCGGCUUUCCUUAUUCCUUUCAUCACAGCUACAUCAUCAUCCUCCUCAUCCUCCUCAUCCUCCUCAUUUUUCAUCAUCUGGACUCUCUCGGACCUGUAUAUGACGGUGUAUAAUUACAGCACUGGAUUAUUGGACAUGCACGCCUCUUUCAGCUGAAUGGAUGACAUCACCUCGCUCAGCUCCUCUGUCUAGACGGUGUGGGGACAGUAAUGACAGCACGCUUCCGGUUGCCUGCUGGCCGAAGCUCCGAUGUGGGAGAGUCCGAAGUGGCACGAGACAGAUCGAGCUCACAGGUGGUGUGUAACGUUUUGCUGCUGGACAACACGGUGCAAGAAUUCAGAGCUAAUAAGCAGGAUCAGGGUCAGGUCUUACUGGAUGCAGUCUUUAAACAUCUGGAACUGACCGAGCAAGACUAUUUUGGACUUCAGAUCACUGAUGACUCCGCGGACAGCCAGAGGUGGCUGGAUCCAAGCAAACCAAUAAGGAAACAGUUGAAAAGAGUCACUCCAAAUAAUCUGAGUUUUAGGGUGAAGUUUUUUGUAAGUGAUCCAAGCAAACUUCAAGAGGAGUACACAAGGUACCUGUACUUUUUGCAGUUGAAGCAGGACAUCCAGAGUGGAAAGUUACCGUGUCCCCAGAAUGCAGCAGCAGUUUUGGCCUCUUAUGCUGUUCAGGCCGAGUUGGGGGACUACAGCCAGUCAGAGCAGUCACCAGACUACCUUUCCGAGUACAGCUUCAUCCCAAAUCCGCCGGAGGAUUUUGAGAAGGAGGUCGCCAAACUGCACCAGCAGCACACUGGACUCACUCCUGCUCAGUCAGAGUUUAACUACUUGAAUUCUGCCAGUUCUUUAGAGCUGUAUGGAGUGGAACUGCACUAUGCUCGAGACCAGAGCAACACUGAGGUCUACAUUGGAGUGAUGGCUGCUGGGAUCUGCGUUUAUAAAAACAGGGUACGGGUCAACCACUUCCCAUGGGUGAAAAUUGUCAAAAUAUCUUUCAAAUCAAGACAGUUUUUUAUCCAACUCCGAAAAGAAUCGAGUAAGAGCAGGGAGUCACUGUUGGCCUUUAGCAUGGCCAACUACAGAGCGUGCAAGAACGUGUGGAAGGCCUGCGUGGAGCACCACACGUUUUUCCGACUGGAGCGGCCCUUACCUCCCCAAAAGAACUUCUUCACACACUACUUCACUCUGGGCUCUAAGUUCCGUUACUGCGGAAGAACGGAAGCUCAGUCUGUCCAAUACGGAAAAGAGCAAGGAGUCAAGGACAGAGUGUUUGCCAGGUCACCCAGCAAGCCAAUGGUCAGGAGGCUGGUGAGUGGGACAGACUGGGAGACGGUGAGCAGGAACUCUCUCUCAGACGAACGGCUGGAGACACAGAGCCUGCCCAACCGCUCACGCCCGGGUUCGCCCAAUCAUUCCAUAUUCGCUGCGGAUGGCACCCGGGUACGGCCCUCCUCCAUCGGGCAUCUGGUGGACCAUGUGAUCGACGACUCGGUGUGCCAAGCUUUCACCAAUCAUAAGUCAGCAUCGUCAACACAGGCGAAUAGCAUCAGCCUGGACUCGACCCCAUCUCCAGACAGUGCGAUAGACAGCCAACCUCCUGCUCUUCCACCAAAGCAGUCCAGGAAGAACCUGAUUAGUCAUAUCAGCCAAUCCCGAUCUGAGCUGGAGCUUGAUGACCCCGCCUCUGAAAUCUACGACGUUCCUGUAGCUUCAGAUAAGAGCAUGAAUGGUGCAGUUCCACAUGACAACCUUGUGCUGAUCAAAAUGAAACCAGAUGAAAAUGGACGUUUCGGAUUCAAUGUCAAGGGUGGCGCUGAUCAGAGAAUGCCAAUCAUCGUGUCUCGUGUCGCUCCUGGAACUGCGGCUGACCUGUGUGUGCCGCGUCUUAACGAGGGCGACCAGGUGGUGCUGAUAAAUGGGCGGGACAUCUCGGACUACACGCACGACGACGUGGUCAUGCUAAUCAAGGCCAGCUGUGAAAACCAAUCAGGAGAGCUUAUUCUGCUAGUAAGACCCAAUGCAAUCUACGAUGUGGAUGAGGAGGAGGAGAAGCUCGAUUUGGAGCCGGAGUUCCAGUACAUUCCAGAAAGCUGCGGGUUGGAUCGGUCGCACUCGGAACCAGACGGAUGGAAAUCGUCCUUCCAGAUGCUGAGGGAAGGACUGAGCACCGGCUCUGUUCUCGCUCAGUUUGAUCAACUGUAUCGAAAACGACCUGGAAUGUCCAUGUCCUGUGCCAGGUUACCACAGAACCUCUCGAAAAAUCGCUAUCGGGACAUUUCACCAUAUGACGCAACUCGAGUCGUCCUGAAGGGACCUGAGGACUACAUCAAUGCAAACUACAUUAAUAUGGAGAUACCAGGGGGAGGUGGCGUAAGGCGAUACAUUGCAUGCCAGGGCCCACUUCCUGGCACUUGCUGCGAUUUCUGGCAGAUGGUGUGGGAGCAGAGCGCCACCCUGGUGGUCAUGCUCACCACGCAGGUGGAACGGGGCAGGGUGAAGUGUCACCAGUACUGGCCUAAUGUCUCUGCCAUGGGCACUUACGGCAACUUCCAGGUGUCCUGCGUGUCUGAGGAUGGGAAAUCGGCAUAUCUGCUCCGGGCGCUGACGCUCACACACCUGGAGACUAAAGAAGAGAGGCACAUUUGUCAGAUGCAGUACAUGGCUUGGCCCGAUCACGGCGUUCCAGAUGACUCUACCGAUUUCCUGAACUUUGUUAACUUGGUGCGCAGUAAGCGAGGAGACUCACAGGACCCUGUGGUUGUGCACUGCAGCGCUGGGAUUGGUCGCACAGGGGUUCUGAUCACCAUGGAGACAGCGAUGUGUCUGAUCGAGCGGAGUCAAGACGUAUAUCCGUUAGACAUUGUCCGAACCAUGAGAGACCAGCGAGCCAUGAUGAUUCAGACUGCAAGUCAGUAUCGGUUUGUAUGCGAAGCCAUUCUGAGAGUGUAUAACGAGGAGAUAGUGAAGCCGCUGGACGUACCGGAGCCAACUGCGUGUGCAACAGAAGAAUAAAGAGCUGCCCUGUCCUGGAUUCCUUUGUGACUGCAACUGUCCCUCUGUCGCCUCCUGGUGGAUGGCUGCAUACACGACCCCUGCAAAUUGGAACACAGGCGACAAAGCACUAUUUGCACUUUAGAACAAAUGACCACUUGAGGGGAUUUACUAGAAAGACAAAUGCAUCAGGGUGUUGUGUAAUCAUUAACUUUUUAACAGUGAUAAACAUUCAGGGUGGAGGCAAAACUGAAUGGAACUAAAGACAAUAGAAAGUGACUUUUUGUAGUGCCAUACACUGAAAUGAGCCAAUGUCCAACCUGGAACAAACUCUUGGAUCACUUUCCUCUGUUAAAUGCUAUUUAUUUUUAUUUUAAUGGGUUAAAGAGGCCCAUGUCCUCCCCACAGUUCACCAUUUCAUUUCACGGUACAAAACAUUUAUGUCUUUCUAAAUCCCUGGUAUUCUGCGCUGUGAAAUUCGAGUUUUCUGCUUCUGUUCAUUGCUCUGAUGCUUUGAAAAUAACACUCGGACAUGCACUCUUUCCAUUUAGGUCUUGAGUUAAAUUCAUAUAAAGGUUUAGGCCAGCAGCUAAGGGUUUAACUACUGUACACAGUGUGCGAAACAAUGUGGAAAAACAAUGUGAAAAUGUUCCUUGCUAGCAAAACAUUGCUGUAACAUUUACCUAUAUGACACACCAGAUCAGGAUGACUGCUUUGGCAUGAAAUUUUAAUUUUCAAAGGAUAUGGGUCAAACAAUGAUGUCAUUUAAAUCUAUAAUAUAUUUUACCCCAUGUGAAUUUUGUUACCUACUGCAUGUCAACAGAAAUCUUUUGAGGCUCUUGUGUGCUUAUACCACAUUUAAACAUGCGAUUUGUUUUUUUUAGCAGACUACUGAUGUCUCACCUUAAAAUGUCUCACUGGAGAACUAAGGUAAAUGCUGUAGGCCCUGUGCCUGCACCUGGCUAACUGACGUAAAGGUGCUAUAGGACCAGCCUCUGUACCUUGUUAGAGUGAGGUAAAGAUGCUGUGGGCCCCAACCCUCUAUCUAGCAAACUAAAGGUUCUAUAGCAGCCCCAUAUCAGCAUCAGGUAACUAGCACAGUCUGAGCCUCUAUACCAGACUAACCAAGGUACUAAAGGCCCACAGCCUGUACAUGGCUAAGGAAACAAUACUAUAAACCCUGCCCCUGUACUGGAGUACCUAAGGUAAAGGUGCUAUAGACCAGACCCCUGCAACUGGUUAAGGGAAUGAUGCUAUAGGCCCUGUCCCUGUCCCAAACUACCUAAGGUAAAGGUGCUAUAGGCCAGCCUCUGCAACUGGAUAAAGAAAUGAUGCUAUAGACCCUGUCCUUGUACUGGGGUACACAAUACCUGACUAACAAAGCUAAAGAUCCUACAGGUCUGACCUCUGCUCCGUCCUGAGAUAAAGGUGAUAUAGGCUCCAUCUCUGUAGCUGGCUAUUGUUGAGAAGAAUCAUCAUGAAAGUCAUUAUUUGUCACAUACACAAUUAAAUUCUUCUCUUCGCAUAUCCCAACUUGUUAGGAAGCUGGGGUCAGCCAUGAUAUGGAACCCCUGGAGCAGAUAGUGCUAAGGGCCGUCCUCAAGAGUCCGGUAGUGGCAGCUUGGUUCUCCUGAGGCUUGAGCCCCUGACUUUCAACAGCAUCUUCACCUCUAUUGGCAAGGGACAGUACUAAUAGUACCUUUAACUGAAGCACAUACGGGGCUUACAGUACCUUUCCCUUUCUUAACCUUGUGCAAAGAAGGAAGCUUUAAUAUCAUUGCCUUUGUAGUUAUUACCUUCAUGAAAGUAAAGGUCCUAAAGGGUUAUAUCCCUUUGCUUUGCAAUUGACGCAAAGGUCUCAACCCUGUAUCUGACAGACUAAAGGUUUUGUAGGUACUCUUCCAGGGCUAGCAUCAGUUAAAGCUGUAAUAACUAUUAAGGUAAUGAUAUUAAAUGACUCGCAACUGGUUAAGAAAGCUAAAGGUACUGUAAGCCCAGUACCUGACUCAGUUGAAGGUACUAUUGGCACUGGCCCUUUCAAAUGAAGAUGAAGAUGCUGUUGAUCUCUGACUGCACUUGUAUAAUUAAGCUAAAGAAGCUACAAGCCUUGCCCCUUUAACUGGAAAAUUUGACGUAAAAUUGCUAUAGACCUGAUUCCGUAGGUGAGGGUGGCCAAAUCCCUGCCGCUUCACAUGGCCACGGUAAAAGCUAUACAGGCACAGCCCCUGUUGACAUGAGUAACUAAAGUAAAUGUCAUAUAUUUACCAUUGCCCCUCCUUCACUGAUCAUGACUCACUCCAUUGUGAAUAUACUCAAAUCUGCUAAACCCCAAAUUGUGGAAUACACACUGAAUUCCCUUUUGUUGUUGAUCUCCCUUGCCCCUAAAGAAACUGGAAAAAUGAUGUGACCAACUACUGUUUUUAUGUCUUGCUCUUACUCCAUCCGUCCUGUUUUAACAAUCGCAUUCCACAAUGUAUAAGGGAUUUGGCUUCCAGGACCAACAAAUUUUCGUCCUAAUGAAUGUCCAUCAUGCAGACAUGCGAGCUUCCGUGCGUGUUGUGAUGAAUCUUAAGCUAUAGAUUUGCUAUUAAUAUUGUGUUGGGACAAUGGUAUUUUUGUAUUUUAAAGUUGAGAAAAAACAGAGACAACACUUUGCAGCUGACUUUGUAGCCUGUCGAGCUACUUUAUUCUUACUGUAGUUAUGGGCAAGGGGAGUUAUGUUGAAAUUAUAUUUAUGUCAAAAAUUUGUUAAAUAGAGACACCUGUAGGAACAUCUCUUAACUACAUAGUGUCAAAUGUUAAAUAUUUGUAAAUAUGUUGUUAUAUAUUAAAAGUGUUCUGAAAAGA